GGAAAUCGAACCUGGAUAUUCGAUGCAUCAGAUCACACAACUGUCUAUCUACCAUAGGAAAGAAUGCAUCCUACAUAUUUGCUGCUGAAGAGAUGGUUAUCAUCCAGUCCGUUCCUCGAGACUGGCAAUCAUGGCAGUCAUGGUCAUGGUUCAAAGAUGGAUGGGAUAUGGACUAUUGUGGAGAGGAACGUCUGUGUGUCAGCACCAACCGCGUCCGACGCGUUCAGAGAGACCCAACGUUCCCAUUGCCCAAUGCAAACCUUGAUUCCUCGCCAUAUCCCCAUUAUAUCAAACAAAACAGCAUGAACUGGUCCAUCCCCAACGCCCUUACCUGCGCCCUAGCUUUUCUGAUCAUAACACUUCCCAGCAUCCUCGCCGUCCCAGGCGGCCAGGCGGCCCGGCUGUGCGAUAUAUGCUGUCACGACCCCCCUGAUGAGGAUAUAUGUGUGCGUGUGCGAUGUGAAUGCCCGCCGCUUGAGUCCGCGGGAGUUGAGCUUGGGACACUCUCCUGGGCAACACUUGCGACGGAAACAGCCACGGCCACCACCACCACCGCGGCGGCGAUGGAAACCAUUCCGGGCGAUAUAUGCUGCCAAUGCUGCCUGGACGCAAGCAUCCCGGAGUGUGCGCACAUCAGCUGUCUGUGGUGUCCUCCCGAGUGUCGGCCGCACAAACCGUAGAAACAAAACGCCCCGUUCGCCGUAAGACUUCCUUUCUGUCUCAAGUGUGAGGUUCAAGUACGAUUUUGGUUUUGGCGCUAUGGAAUACAUCAGGUUUCGGAAUCGUAAAGAUAUGUUCGUCACACCCGCGAGCGUGACCCAACGCCACACGGGGUCUACAUUUUAUCGUAGGUCUAUAUACAUGAGA